UUAUUUUGAGGAGGAGAUGGCGGCAACAUUGGAGGAGACGUUGCGCUCUCUUCAUGAUCAGUCAGGAGCGUCUGCAUAUAAUCUGGCAAAUGGGCUAAUUGCAGAUAUCAGACAGAUAUGUUUACAUGAAAUAUCAGAGAAAGACAGAGAUUAUUGUUGCUCAGCUUUGUUUGACAAAGAUAUAGGCAUAAUUGCCUUUUUGCAGAAAGUUGCUGCAAAAGAUGAGUUUCAAAGCACCAAAACAAAUCUACUUGACUUCAUUGGUGACUUUUUGCAGAAAGUUGGGAAAAAACUCUUACCAUAUGCAAUAGACAUCAAGGAAGCAUGUGUAUCAGCAUUCAGCAGAGACAAAUAUGCCAAGGUGAAGAAUUCUGCUCUUGGUGUUUUGGUAAAAGUUUUGGAGCUGACAGUUGGCUCACCAAUACGAGAAGAAAUGAAGAUUGACAAUCUGGUUGAAAAGUUAUUUAGGGAGCUCACUAAAACCUCCAAGCUUGUCCCAACAGUGAAAGGAAACAUUUAUUUUCUGCUGGGUGUCAUUGCUGAAGUAUACCCAGAAGACAUUACCCAAGAUUCAGAUCGUCUUGUUGGCUUGUAUGUCAGUGCACUGAAGGCAGAGAUGACAUCAAAGACAAAGAAACCUGAGUUUCCUGUCAUAGUAGGCUGCUUGCAAGGUUUGACAGCCUACCUAGUAAACUUCACUCAGUCAUCAGAUGAAGGGUCUUCACAUUCUUAUGAAAUCUUCAACUAUGCAAGAAUGGCGAUAGAUCAUAAAGUAGAGUUUUCCAAAUACGAUGUUCCAAAGGCAGGACUCCAACUGUUUGCUCGGCAUGCAGGCCAGUUCAGCCAGUUUUUGGUGGAUGACUAUGAAAACAUGUACACAAAGCUGCAAGCUUGGAGUAAACACCAAAACAGGGAUGUGCUUCAUCAUGGUGUGGCAGCUAUGGAUGCUUUCCUUCGACAAAUUGCUGAGGCUAUAACUGAAAAAGCAAAAAGGGGGAUAAAAGAAGGUGGAAUUUUCAAAUUCUUUGUGCAAGUGUUUCAAACUACAAUGCAGAAUUCUUCAGCCAGCUCCAAAGAAGUUUCCAUGGCAGUGAGAGGAUAUGGUCUUUUUGCUGCUCCUUGCAGUAUAUUUUUGGAACCUGCAGAUGUCACAUUCAUGUUCAGUGAGAUGAUCACAAAAUGUGAACAAGAAUUCCUCAGAACAAAUGAACCUGUACAUGAAAAGCUGUCGUCACUUCCUGACUAUCUCCAUGCUCUGGCCAGCAUCAUCAAAGUGGUAACAAAGGUUUCGGAAGUGUAUGCCUUGACUCUGGAACGCUUAUUGGUCUUACUGUUGGAAAACAUUCCUACCAUCUACCGCGGAUUUCACUUCACCUGUCUCAAAGGAAUCUUGCAUCUUCUUAUUGUUCUGCAAAGCAAAGGCAGUACUUUUAACAAGGUUCUUUCGGGGUUUGUAUACCAGGGAUUAAUUCGUACAUGCUCACAUCCAGUUGUAAUGGGUGCUGAUGAAAACCAAGAGAUUUCCACUGCAGAAACUGAUCUAACAGUAAAACAGAUUACUUACAAAGAUUACUUGGAGGUGUGGUCUGGUCUUUUGGAAAGUGGGAAAAUCAAGGACCUUAUCCAAGAUGGCAUUGGAUUUGCUGAGCGUGAUCAACUGACACAUGCUGUUUACAAUGAACUGAUGCAAGCCAUCCUGAAAGUAAUUUCAAAGCUGGACUUAACAUCUACUACCCAAAGAGAGAGUGAAACUUCUGGCACAGAGGAGGAAAAAAGUGACAUCACUCAAUCAGGUGACCCAGUUCAUGAAAUAGAAGCAAAUCGACCAAUGGACUUCCAGGUCCUUAUCAACCUGGUGGACUUCAGCAGAGAUUUGCUUGUGCCUAAACACUUCCAGUAUUUUGAAAAGUGGGUGUUCACUUUUACUCACACAGUUGUUGUUCAGUCUACAGAGUUUCCCCUAGUGAGUGGAUUUUACAAACUCUUAGCUGUAACCAUGAAAAUAGCAAACAAGUUGGAGUACUUCAAGGACAUUGCUGUGGAGAAUUCUUUUAAGAAAGAAGAGCAAAUGGAUGUGGAUGAAACUGGGAUAGAUGGUCAGACCGAAAAACAUCUCACAUACAUACUGAUCAAGAAGUUCUCUGAGGAGGUGUUGGUGAGAAUGAAGAAGUUUCAUGAUGACCUACUAGCAUCCUGCCUAACGCUUAUCCUAACUUUACCAAAAGAAAUCAUUGCCCAGCAGAUGUCUAAAAUAGUGCCUGCAAUACAGCUGACAUUCUCUGUGGGCUUGAGCUACCUGCCUUUAGCAGAAGUGGGACUUGAUUCUUUAGUGUGGUGGUCACAAGUGUUGCCUCCUGAAGUCCUGGCCCCACACUAUGCCAACAUCCUGCCUUGUUUGGAUAGCUACUUAAAGACUGUAGACACAGGAGCAGAAGAUGUCAGUGUGGAAACACUGGUCACUGUGUCCUCAUCUAAGUCAAAGUAUCGAGGGAAAAAAUUGCCAGUCCGCUUGGUUAAGGAACGCAAGCCUGUAGAUUUAGACAAGGGAUACGAAAGUCAGCUUUCAGUAGUCAAGCAAAAAAUUGUGACAUACCUUGGGUCACUUGGUGGUAGCAUGAACUUUGCCCUUCUUGCUAGAAGGGAGGAAGAAAUUAGCAGGCGUGCCAUUGCUUGGGACACAGAGCAGCAUUUGCGUUUUGACAUUCCUUUCUUUGACAUGAAGCCUAGCAUCUACUUUGAUCCCUUCUUACCUCAUGUGGUUGAACUAGCCACUCAGUCCAGCAACCGUCAGACUAAAGUAAGUGCUUGUGAAUUGCUGCACUCGCUAAUCCUGUACACACUUGGGCGCAGUGCACAACAGCCAGGCGAGAUACAGAAAAGAAACCCUAUGGACAGCCUCUAUCGUAAACUGUUUCCAGCCCUUUUGUCUCUUUCCUGUGAUGUUGAACAGGUGUGUCGUCAGCUAUUUGAACCUUUGGUGAAGCAGCUGAUUCACUGGUUCACAGGAAACAAGAUGGCAGAAAGCCCAGAGUCGAUGGCUUUGUUAGAUUCCAUCUUUGAUGGCCUUGUGCAGCAGGACAACACCAUGCUUCGCGAUUUUGCAGCUCAGUGUCUACGUGAAUUUCUAAUUUGGUCCAUCAAACAAACUUCAAAAAAGGCUAUGGAGACAAAUCCCAGAAAUGUGACAUCUAUUCUGAAAAGGAUGCAGAGUUUCGCCCUUCAUCCAAGUGCCUUUAAAAGACUGGGUGCUGCACUAGCUUUUAAUAAUAUAUACAUGGUGUUUCGAGAAGAGCAGUCGUUGGUGGACCGCUUCACUUUCCAGAUUCUGGUGUUGUUUGUAGAGAGCCUGGGCAUUGCGCACCAAGAUGAGGCUUCGCUUGGCACACAGGAGCAGUGCAAAAAGGCCCUGGAACAUGUGGAAAAGAUUGUUUGCAAGAGAGUAGAUAUCUUGAGGAAACCAUCACCUCACAGAAAGGAACCUAGUGAGUGGAGCAAACAAACACUUGACAUUGCCGUGCGGUGGCUGGUGCGGCAAUGUGGACGUCCACAGACUGAGUGCCGACAUGCCUGCAUGCAGCUUAUGUACAAGUUAGCUCCCUUGAUCCCAGGCAUCAGUUCACCAUUUGAUUAUUUCAAGGCUGCCCUGGACAUUCAAAAUGCUUCAUACUUUGUGGUGAGAUUUGAGGGUGGUGGCCAAGUAGGGGACAGAGGUGGCCUGUGUGGCCACCCUACACCAAGCAAGGUGGCUGAGAACUUUUCUCUAAAGGCAGUCCUAUCAUGGUUUGAUAUGCUGCUGGCUGUUUUGGACUGUUACUGCUGGGUAUUUGGUGAAGGGCUUUUGUCACCAGCCAAAAUGUUUGAAAGUUCUGGAUUUAAGGGCACUCGUGUCUUUAGCAGCUUGCAGUAUUUUGUGACAGAGAUGGCAUUGGGUGAUUUGUCUGUGGCUGCAAAGCAAUUCCAAAGGAAAGCAGAAGCUGUUUUCUUCACCCCAAAAGAAAAGGAUGACUACAACAAGGUCAAGUGCACUGUGCUCAUCAGAAUGUGGAACUUUUUGACUGUACUGAUUGCCAGGUAUCCUUCAGAAGCCUUCAAGGUGAUUCCUCAGACGCUGUUUUGUGACGACUUGUGGAGGCUUUGUAUUCGCUGUGUGGUUCAACCUAGCAGUGUGGGCUUCAACAUGGGUGACAUUGAGAUCAUCACAAAGCUUCCACACGAGAUGAUGCAGGUGUUAAAAGUGCUAUCAAAACAACUGCCGUUGCCAGAAAGGAAAGAGCUGGUGAAAAUUUUGGAGCAGGAGCUGAAGGGAAAGGGAGACUUGUUUGGCCAAAUUCCAAUUUCCCUGACUAGCAGCAGCAUAGACUACACCAACCUCCAACAGACUGUUGAAGGAUAUUGUCAGCUGCAUGAUGUGAGAAUAUUACUGGAAGUUUUAGGUAAACACGGACAACCAGAGAAGCUUGCGGAACUGUUAUUUGACAGUGUUUUGAAGGGUAUCACGGAAAAAAAGGAUGGCAAGGAUAAAACGGUAUCACUGAGUCCUGCAGCUCACAGAUUCGCAUCUCAGCUGCUUAAGCUUGCUUUUCAACUGGGUCUUCCGGCAGAAAAACUUGUGGAGGGAAUACUGGACAUUCGCAUAAUUCAAGGACUCUCCUUGGGAAUAGAGUACAUGCUAGGAGACCAUUUCUUCACCCUCUUCAAGACUCCUAUCUCAUCUCAUGUUGCAGCAAGCAGUGAUGUAGUUUCCCUGCUAAUGAACAAAGCUACUGUAGACCCACACCGUGUUUGCAAUGUCUUGGUAGCUAUGUUGGAAAAUGUUGCCCAAGAUAGAAGAAUUCGCAAAAGCAAUGGCCCCAGAAUAGUAGAUAUGGUGGCUUCAAAAUGGCACCACCUAGAGUCGUGGUGGCAAGCAGGUUCAUCAGAUUUGCAAGGACUGGCAGUGUUACUACUGACCAAACUCCUGCUUGUUGACAGCAAGGCUGUCCUUAAUGUAGAAAAAAGCCACUUUACUACUGUCUUUACCAGUUACUGCACUAUACUGGCAGAGAAAAAGACAAAUCUGGCUUUCAAGAAUCGAGCAUUAGAUGUUCUGCCAUUUUUUGCAGCAGUACCUGAUGCUAAGUUAAAAGAUGUCUUAGACGGGCUUGUGGCAGACAACUUUCCACUAAGGAGCUCAGAACUUACAAAGGGGACUCCACGCUUUGUUGAUUACAUCAGUGCUAUUGAUAAGUUGCUGUCUGCUUUGGAAUUGUCAUCGAGUUUAGUGCUUUUGGAACUGCUCAUCAGCAUCUUCUGCCGAGAGGAGGGUCGACAUGUUCAUGAAGAUGCCAUUCAGCAAUCAUUGAAUACAUUCACUGCAAGAUUGCCGGCAGAGAAGCAAAAGGAUGCAUUGGAUGUUCCUUACAAAAUAGUCUUUUGUGAAAGUGGCUUUCAAGACAUGAUUCGACGGACAACACUGGAGCGGGUCUGCUUGCCAAUACUGCGUUGUGUUCACAAGGCUGCCUUGAUAGAAUUUUUUUUGGACCACAUCUUGGAUCUCAUGAGGAUUGUUGAACAGAAUCUGGCCAAAGGUCCUGAGAGCAUUCUAAAGACGCAGCUGACCAGCAAAGUAUGCUGCUUUCAGCUGCUUGAAGUCAUGUAUAGCCGCCUUUCCAGGGAGGAAGUCAAUUCACUCAGUUCUGAAAUCAACAAGAAAGUUUGCUUUGGGAAACCUGAGACUGGCAAAGAGAUGACACAGAAAAUCAUAAAGGCUGCAAAUAACGCGAAGAGUGAAGAUACUCGAGGGGAUUUCAUGGUGACAGAACUCCGCCGACAGUACCACUGCUAUAGCUAUAAUUUGCUGAUAGCAAUCAUUUGCUGUGUGCAGAAUGAACACAAAUUCUACAAAGGGUUUCUUUUUCAAGACAAUACAAGCAAGGGUCAGUUUUUGUUGGAAAACAUUGUUGAUAGAGAUCAGAAGUACGAAUUCCCACUUGAACUGGAGUCUCAGUUUGAAAGGAAGAAGAAGUUUGUGGCCAUCAGGAGUGAAAUGCAGGAAAAACAAUCAGACAAAGAUGGAGCUAUCUCAUCAUAUCAUCUGGCCUCUCAGUAUUUGACAGAGAGCAGCUUGAGUGAAGACCUGAGCAAAUAUGAGUUCACAGUUUCUGGAUCUGCUCAAAAUACAUCUGGCAUUCCAAAAACAAAAGCAAGUCUUCGCAAAAACUCAAGUUAUGGAGGGGAUAAUAAAGUGAGACUGGAUGGUGAUUAUGUGGAGCUUGAAAUGGAUGCUCUGAAUUCCCAUGAGUGUAUGGCUCCUCUUGUAGCUUUACUUAAACAUAUUCAUAAAAACAACAUAUUCCCAGCUGCCCAGUCAGAUGCUUCAAGUCAAGACAUGCCUCAGUGGAUGGUAUUUCUGCAUGACAAGAUGACAAAAAACACAGGCUCAGAUACUCUGAACAUCCGGUUAUUCAUUGCAAAACUGAUCAUCAACACAUCUGAGAUUUUUCAGCCAUUUGCCAGGCUUUGGUUGCGUCCUCUUUGUCAGUUGAUUUUGUCAACUAGCCUUUGUGACAAUGGAAUCAACUACUUUAUUAUGGAUCUUUUGGUCACCAUGUUGUCAUGGCACAGUACAGCCGUCCCGCAGAAUUCCUCCACUGAGAGAGCUAUGGCAUCACGCCUUGUGGAGUUUCUGGUACGCAAUGUGCAUCACGAGACCCGAGCCAUUUUUAGAAACAACCUGGAGAUGCUCAAAACACUUCUUGAAUGUUGGAAAGACUGCAUUGAAAUCCCAUAUCAGGAAGUCUAUAAUCAGUUGAAGAUGCCAGAUCCAUCAUCCAAAAGCAGCCUAAUUGGUAUCCAGGUGCUGGGAGUCAUCAUGACCUGCAAUUAUGCUCCUUAUGGACCAUCUGCAUCUGUUGAUAGAAACAGAUACUUUACCACACUGGCAUCAUCCAUGACAAACAGUUCCAAGAUGAUCUUUGCUGCUGCUGCAGAGGUGGUGGGUAUGGUGUUUGCAUAUUUGGCAGACAAAGAAAAUGAGACAGAUGGACAAUUUCACAGUCAUGUUGAGUCUGUACUUGGUAAAGUCGCUCCACAUAACUUCCUUGUUUGUGUCCAUUGCAUACAUCGGCACUACCCGCCUAUGGCUGACAGGUUUUUGAAUAAACUUCUGUUUAUGUUGCCUGGUCUUCAUGGAGAGUUCCGAGUGCAGUGUCUAGAAGUCAUAAUGGGUUGUAUUGAGCAGCUGGACGAUGCCUUUCGGGAGCUGCAAAGUAAAGGCCUACUUAACUUUCUCACUCAAAGAGAUGAAGACACCCAGAUUGUGGCGCUGGGGAUUGUGAAUGCCAUGGUGCCAAAGUUAUCAGCCACAGAACUUCAGACAUUUUUGCCAGCCAUCACUGGGUUCAGCAAUCACCCUAGUGUUACUUGCCGGCAGAUAAUGAUGAAGAUCUUGAUGUGGACUUACGACAACUACAGAGACAAUGAAAGUAAAGAAGGACAAGAGAUCAUGAAAGUAACCCAGGAAUCAUUGCUUCAAGGUCUUUGUGAUGAUAACCUUCACUGCAGACUUACAAUGCAGAAUUUUUGGAGCAGUGAGUCCCGACUACCUGAUGGUACAGUUGAUCGCAUGAUUUCUAUUUUGGAGGCCAUGUAUACUCCAGGAAGUGAAUGCAACUAUCUGAGUUAUGCCACAAACCUUCUGCUAGAGAUGACAUCAAAAAGUCCCGACUAUGAUCGUCAGAUUUUUGAACACCCUUUGUCAGAAUGCACUUUUAGGGACUACUCUGUACAGUCAUCAUGGAGGCAGAGGCAUGCAGUAAUGACUCCACUAUUUGCUGUCACCCAAGGCAGUGAGACCAUGGAGGAUGUGGAGGAUAGUCUGAGGGGAGGAGUACGUGCCACGGUGGAUGUUGAACAGUUUACAGCCACCAUGGAAACAGGAUCAAAUGCUCCAUUCAAUUGGCUGACACAAAGCAGUCUGGAUACAUUUGCUGAUGCCAGCCUGAUGGAGACAAACUCUUUAAGCUCCCUGCUGUUCACAGUGGGCUCUUCCAGUAAGGGUGCAGAUUCAAAGACUCGUGUUGCCACAAGACAUCAUCACACAGGAACAGGCAGUAACUUUGGAAAACAGAUGGCCAGAACUGAACGCACAGGAAAUUCUGCAGGGCCCAAGAAUGACAAUAACACACCUGAUGAAGAUAAUGUGUGGAAACUGCGGAGGCGUUUUUUGAAGGACAGAUCUACAGCUAGUAAAUACUUUGCUCGAAGAGAGAUCAAAGAAAAGAGCAAGAGAGAGGAAAGGCUGAAACAGCAGCGCUUGAGGCGAGAAAAUCAGGUAACUCUCUACCGAAGGUAUCGCAUUGGUGAUCUUCCAGACAUCCAGAUCAAAUAUUCGUACAUCAUUGCUCCACUGCAAGCUCUUGCACAUCGAGACAACACAAUAGCCAAGUUGCUGUUUGGAGCUGUUUUCAAAGCCAUUUAUCAGGAGAUGGAUAAAGUAAAGACUGACCAAGAGAUGGAAGAGACAAAGGAGAAGAUCAGUGACAGUUUGGGGCGAAUGUUAUCAACAUCCAUUCACUACUUUACACCCUUCAUGGGCUGUGUUAUGGAUAUUCUUCACACCCUGCGGUCAAGUCUGAAAGUUGAAGUUAGUGAGCUGAGCAUAGCAGCCAAGAUCAGCAAUCUGCAACCCCUUGGCAUUGAAGUCAUUGAGGAGCGGCUUAUUACAGAAGAUUCAGGUGGUGCACGCCCAUCGAAGCGCAGUCGAUAUGAUGUGACACCUGUCACCAAAGAUGAUAUGCAAUGGAUAGAAUUAGCAAAGCUGUACAAGUCUUUGGGAGAGUUUGAUGUGCUGCAUGGUAUUUUUAGUGGCAUGCUCAAGACCAAGGAAGUCACCCAGCUUGCCUUAAUAGAAGAAUCUCAUAGUGAAUACAAAGCAGCCAUAGCUCUCUAUAAUAAGGCAUUAGAAAGUGCAGACCAUGACCCAAGACCUUUGGAAGCAGAGAUUGACCUGUGGGAUGAAAGCCGCAUGGAGUGUCUGAACCGCUUGACUGAAUGGACAAAGUUAGAGAUGGUGACCACAGAUGCACUGAGUCAGGAAGGAGAAAUAUCACUUGCAUCUGUCUGGGAUGACACAUAUUACAUGGAAACAUAUUUGCCAUACCUGAUACGCAGUAAACUGAAAUUACUCCUCCAUGGAGAUGAGAAGCAGCAGUCAUUGCUAUCCUUUAUUGAUGACUCCAUGAAGAACCCACAACACAGAGCACAUCUUGAGAGUCGAUAUUGUGAGGACCUAGCACUUAUGUAUGUGUGGCAGAAGAACUUUGACCUCGCUCGACACUAUGCGAGACUUGCUGUGCAGAGCUUUUUCCAGGACUGGAGCAGCACAGACAGUCUCAUGACAGCCAGCAGAACACACUGUCUACAGCGCCUGCAGCCUCUUUUGGAGCUACAAGAGUUUCUUGAUUUCGUGGCAGAUAAAAAUAACUUCACCUCCUUUGAGCCCAGUCACCAGCUGAUUGCAAGAUGGGAGCAGCGCUAUCCUCAUGUACAGCUGGACUUGGUGGACAUCUGGGAUGAUGUUGUGACCAACAGGAAUGUUUAUAUGGACAAGAUCAGAGAUCAGAUGUUGUCCUCAAACUUGAUGGAAGAGGAUCAUGACAGCAGUAUUUUUGAGGACAUCAAGCUUAGGCAGCAACUGAAGCUAGCACACAGCUGCCAGGAGCAAAAUAACUUCAACCUCACCCUGCGUAUACUUAAGGAAACAUAUUCUAAAUGCAAGCGAGAAAAGAGCGAACUCCUUGUAGUGGAGUGGAGUCAUCUUUAUGCUACUACACACCAGAAGAAAGCACUCAGCUGCAGUGGCAUUUGGAGUAAAGACAUGCUUUACAAUGUCCUCAGCACGUUGGAUCCACUCUCAAAAGUGGCAGAAAGCAAAAUGUUGAGAGAGAAACCAGCACUAGGCAUGCGGCACAUGAUUCUAGAGAGCCGGACAUUUGAUGCUGUUGUGACCGGUCUUAUGAGCGUGGGAAAUCUGGAAGAACUGGGUGACAAAACCUGUGAAAAACUACAGCAAUAUACAAAAUCACCUCUCAACAAAGGAGAUCUUAUUAAAGAACUUAUUCAUCAUGGUUAUGAGUCCUUGCGAAAAGUCAUCUCAGAAGUACCCGAAGACAGCUCCCGAGAUGCAGUGUGUUUACAACAGGAUGUACAGUUGGCUUUGGCCAAAUAUUGUGAUAAAUAUCUGCGACUGGCAGAGGAAAAUGAUGGCCUCGUAGCUUCAGAAAGCAUGGAGGUAUUUCCAGCUACUGCAGUGAAGUGUUUGCUGGAUGCGAUGCGAGCUGGUUCAGCUGAGGCCCUGGAGCGUUUCCCCAGACUGCUACAUAUAAUUGAGCACUAUCCUGACACCACAGAUAUGUUCUUGAAGAAGUCUGAGACUAUACCUAGCUGGAUGUUCAUCCUGUGGAUCAGUCAGAUGAUGGCACUGUUGGACAAACACCAAGCACACGCUGUACGACCAAUCAUACUGCGUAUUGCCACUGAAUACCCACAAGCCAUAGUCUACCCAUUCCACAUUAGUCAAGAAAGCUUCACUUUUGGGUCUACUGCUGAAGACAGAAGGAACAAACAAGGCAUUGAAGAGUUGGAUGCCUUGUUGUCAGAAGAAAGAGUACCUCUUGUCAGGACAUUUAUAUCAGCUCUGGAGCAGUUUAGCCAGCCGGUUCAGAUGUUUCAGGACUGGUCAAGAGACAUAACAAAGAUACUUGAGAAAAGGCCAGCAGCUGAGAUCAAGAAGAAGUAUAAAGAGAUAUACGAUAUGUUGUUGGAAAUGCCACACAAAGGAGAGCAGAGUGGAACUCAGGCACAGCAGACAUCAUUUGGUGCUGUGAGCAUGGGAGAAUUCCAUCGCAGGUUUGCAGAGGUUUUCAAGAAUGAGUUUGACAAUCACUUUGGAGUAGAUGGCUCAAAGCUUGUAACCAUGACAGCAAAGGAAUUCAGUGGCAUUUUGAGGAACCUUCAAGCUCAGUUUGAAAAACACAAGGCAGAUCUGACACCUCCUACCAACAUUGGCAAAUACUGUUCAUGGAUGGCUAACUUUAAUCCUAACCAUGAGAGUCGAGAGCUUGAGAUACCAGGGCAGUAUGAUGGUCUGAGGAAACCUAUGCCAGAGUAUCAUGUGAAAGUUGCAGGUUUUGAUGAAAGGGUUUUAGUGAUGUCAUCACUUCGCAGACCUAAGCGUAUCACAAUACGUGGCAAUGAUGAAAAAGAUUACCACUACCUCGUAAAAGGUGGCGAAGACUUGAGACAGGAUCAGCGCAUUGAACAACUGUUUGUUCUUAUGAAUAAAGUCUUGGAGAAGGACCCAGUCUGCAAAGCUCGCAGGCUAGUUUUGAAGACAUACCAGGUUAUUCCCAUGAAUACAAGGGUAGGCCUGAUAGAAUGGAUGAGCAACACCAUCCCACUGAAGGAGUUUCUAUUGAAUGCUAUGACUGAGAAAGAGAGAACUGCAUAUUUUGGAGAGAAUGGCCCAUCUCAACUCCAUUACAAGUGGUUGCCAAAGUUACCAAAGAAGACUGAUUGGGGACUAAUUUAUGGCCAAGUUUAUCAGAAUUAUAGCAAGACUGAAACAAUGAAGGAGUUUAGAAUUAAAGAAAGCAAAGUUCCUUGGGAUCUCUCCAGGCGAGCAUUACAGCACUUGAGCACAUCACCUGAGGCAUUCCAUUUCUUGCGAUGUGAAAUGCUGACAUCACAUGCUGUACUGUGUAUUUGUCAUUAUCUCCUGGGUAUUGGUGACCGCCAUCUCUCAAACUUCAUGGUCAAUGGUAGGACUGGGCAUAUGGUUGGCAUUGACUUUGGUCAUGCUUUUGGAUCUGCUACACAGUUUAUUCCAGUACCAGAACUGAUGGUCUUUAGACUGACACGUCAGAUAGUCAAUCUGGGUCUGCCCUUCAAGGUGAAAGGACUUCUGGAAAAUACGAUGAUUCAUGUGCUUCAUGCACUGAGGCAGAACCAUGACCUCCUGCUUUCCACAAUGGAUGUCUUUGUCAAGGAGGUGUCUCUUGACUGGCUGCAAUUUGCAGAAAGGCAGAUGAGAGGAGGAAUGGGACCGAAAGAUGCAGAUGAAGACAUGAGGUGGUAUCCAAAACAAAAAAUUGAAACAGCUGCCCGCAAGCUUAAGGGGGAUAACCCAUCCUACAUCACUAGAGAUGAACUGAGAAUUGGCCACUUGAGGAAUCAAGCACUGAAAGAUUUUGAGAAGGUUGCUCUUGGCGAUGUACAGGACAACAUCCGGGCUCGUUUGAAAGAGAAAGGACUGACGGAAGAACAACAAGUGGCAGCACUUAUUGACCAAGCAACUGACCCUAACAUUCUUGGCCGUGCAUGGGGGGGCUGGGAACCUUGGCUUUAGGAAAUGGACAUUGAAUAGCUUUGGAAACAAUAUCAACAGAAGAGUGGUCUCACAAAUAUGCCAGCAACCUGUAUAUGCUUAAGUUUAUCUGGCUUUGAGUGUUCACAAAGGACAAAAAGAAGAAAUUAUUGGUAAUAAAUGUCAUUGAUAAGCUGGCGAUCUCAGAUUAGAUUAUUGCUAGGACUUAACAAAGAUGUGAAGAUCGCUGUUUUUACAGUUCAUUUGCAAAAACUGUCUUACAAAAGUAAGCAUUCUGGCUGUAAUAUCUUAGGUUCACAAAUAUUUUUCAUCUUUACUUCUUUUGAACAUUAAGUAAAUCUGUGCUUGGCAGGUGUAUGUUCUGUCUAUUGUUUAGUUCAGGGAACAGUAGGAAUAAUACUGUAUCAAAAAUAGCUUUUACAGCACAUAAUGAAAGAAAAAAAUUACAAUUUUAUUUUUCCAUAUAACUUGCUUUAAUGGACUUGAAUUGUGCAAGCCCAUUACAGGGAUAUGCUGAAAAUCAGCUUCUGAUUAUUCCAGAUAAAUGACAUCCAUUAACUGAUGUACGUCAAAUUGUGAUGCAAGUUGUGAUUAACCAUUUCAUAUAUGCUUAGAAACAGUAUUUCUCAGUUUUUUUGUGAUGUUGAAGUUAUGUACAUUUGCAGUAGAAUGCUUGAAGACUUAACUUCUGUGUAAUUUAUGCUUAUAAAUCUUAAUUUUAGCACAUGAAUACAUCACUUGCUUAUUUGUUGGGUUUUUAAAAUGUUUUGCAUCCUUGAUUAUGAAUUUCCUCCAGAGCUGUGCCUAGUGAGGCAAGCUUUGUUCACUGAGGACAUUAUUUCCCAAUAAAAAUAUUCCAGAAGUAUUUUGGAUAAAAGUACUACAAGACCAUUUUAUUUGGGCUGUUAUGGAGUGUUCAGAAGUAUUUUUGAAGUUUCUUUAUAAGUAUUGAUGCAUAUAAUCUUAAAGAAUAUUUUAAAAACUGCACACACUGACACACAGGCUUCACUGAUGGCCUUUAUCUUCAUAUACAAUUUUUAACACCUGAAGGUGGUACGUGCAUGAAUCAAUAAUGACAAAUGCAAAGGAUGUGCCCUUUUAAGAAAUAGUAAAACUUAAUGUGCAAAAAAGAAUGUGACUGGUGUGUCAUCUGUUAUUGUGCUGUUGGUAAUGGUUAAUAUAUACUUGGAGAGAAA